AUGGCCGCCUCUCCAAUUUCCCCCUCCGCCCCCAUCGGAGCACCACGGCCUGCGGAUUCCGGAUUUUCUCCUGGAGUGAAUCGCUCGGUCCGAAACGGGAACCUGUUCCGGCAGGGGAAUGUGGCGGACGGGGUCGGAGGAGCAAGCACGGCGGGAGGAGUGGUAAGUGGUGUGGCACAAGGGGCGGCAAGUGGAGUGGCAGACGGACGUGGGAUGGCAGCAUUUGCGAGCGCAGGAGCGGCGCCAGCAUUUCCCAGCCCUGGAGGAGGGGCGGCAGCGACUUUUCCCAGCCCAGGAGGGGCGGCAGCGGUGCCAUUUCCCAGCCCAGGUGGGCCGGCAGCACUUGCAAGCCCAGGAGGGGCGGCAGCAUUUGCCAGCCCAGGAGGGGCGGCAGCAUUUGCCAGCCCAGGAGGGGCGGCAGCAUUUGCCAUCCCAGGAGGGGCGGCAGCAUUUGCCAGCCCAGGAGGGGCGGCAGCAUUUGCCAGCCUAGGAGGGGCGGCAGCAUUUGCCAGCCCAGGAGGGGCGGCAGUCCCUUGGAGUCCAGCUGGGCCACCAGAUACAGCGCCUGAAGCACGGGGUACUGUUCCUGGGAGGGAGACGCUGGGAGGGGGUUCGUCAGUGGCGGUUACUAUGACUUCAGGUGCAGGGACGUUCAGGCCAGGAUCCCCACCUGCUGCAUUGUCCGGGUCGCACUCAUGGCCUCCCCCAGAUGCGCCCUCCCUGCGGCGACACAGAUUGGAACGUAACUCGUCAACCCAAACCUGCGGUGCGUUUCCGUUGAGCCAAAGCAGGUUCUUGUUUGAUGUGAGUCAAGGAGGGAGUGUGGAUGGGGGUCUGGGUCAGGGUGGGUUGGUGCAGGGAGGCGGGAAUGUGAUGGGUGGAGUGGAGGUGUCGUUUGAGUCGUCUCAGAAGUCACCUCAUAGCAGGGUCUCGUUCGACGAGAGUCGAGGAGGGAAUGUGGAUGGGGGUCCGGGUCAGGAUGGGUUGGUUCAGGGAGGAGGGUGUAUGAUGGGUCGUGCAGAGGGGAUGGAUGGGGUGGGGGGGGCGCAAGGUCUAAAUGAACGGCUUCAGCACCAGCAGGAUCAGCAGCAACAGCAGCAGCACAGGCAGGCGCAACAUGAACAGCAAGGAUUGGAGCAGAUGCUAGUGCACAGAGCCAUACCAUCAGAAGCCACGUCGUCAGGAGUCAUGGCAACAGGAGGCCUUUCCGCACAUGCCAUUCAAUGGCCAUCAGGUUUCCCUGGGGGACUGAUGCCAUCAGAUGCCAUGAUGACAAGGCAUGCGAUCGCCACUGACCGGCUUGUCCAAGGAGAUAAAGCAGAGGAGAAGGUCAAGGCCGAACAGGACAAAGAGGAGGAGGAGGCUGCUGAGAGCAUUCAUGAUGACCUCCCUGUUCCGACUGCCUUCGAGAUCCAGUCGCUGCUGAUGGAGCUCUGCGACGAGACCAACAUCGCCGAGCUCAGAAUCAAGAUCGGCAAGAUGGAGCUGCACGUGCUGAGGGACGUGGGCGGGGUCAAGGCCGCGCAGGCGCAAGCCUAUGCGCCGCACGCCCCCCUUCCCCCCAUGUUCGACUCGCUUUCGCCCACGUCCCUGGCUGCUGCCUCUGCCCCUCCUGCGCCUGUUGCUGCGCCUCCUGCUGUGGCUGAGAGCGAGGCAGGCGUGGAUGAAGGGCUUCAAUACGUGACCUCGCCACGAGUGGGAAUUAUGCGCCGUGGUCGGCAGGUCAAGGGCAAGAAGGGCAAGCCGCUAGUCGCUGAGGGCUCGGAGAUAAAGAAGGGGCAGGUGGUGUGCUAUCUAGAGCAGCUUGGAACCCAACUCGCGAUCGAGUCGGAGAAUGCAGGAGAGGUGGUCAAAUUCCUGGUGGAGGAUGGGGAUGCGGUUGGGUUUGGCGAUGCUCUUGUGGCAAUUCGACCCUCUUUCCCAGGAAUCAAGAAGCUUGCAUUGUAG